CGUUGUUGCAUAUUAAGAAAAACGAAUUUACUAAUUAUAAGUUAUUUUAAUCGUAAAUCUCAUAUCCUCAAUUCCUCAUUCAAAAACGUCACAAACAGUUAUUGGGUUUCACUCUGGUUGGUUUGUUACAACCUGGUCACAACCCAUAACAUUUCCGAACGUUGUUUGUUAGGUUAAGUUGACAUUUGCAUUACAUUUACAUUAAUUAAUGUGAAUGUGUAAACUGUAAAUGUUACAAAUGUGUAACAGUAUGUGAAAAUACAAAUCAAAGUGCAUUAAAAUCGGUGCAUUAACAGACAAAUAGUUAUCUGAUUAAUUUUCGAAAGAUGUUGAAAACAGAACUUUUAAAUAUUCCAGCAAUAUUAACGCCAGUAAUCAUGAAUUGUGUGAACGACAGGUAAAUGCAUGAUGCAGAAAUCAAAACAUUUCAAAUAAUCUGAGGAAAAUUUUAAAUCAAUAAAAUUUGAUUAGACUCCUAAACUGAGCAUGUGCAAGUUGCAACCCCAAACUUGCUACACCACUAAAUGGGGUUGAUCAAUGGAUCCACUGAUCAAUUAAUUCAUUGCAUUUUCGUAGAAAAUGAACAGUUUUUAAAUUGUCGCUUUAUAAUUCGGUUUUUCAAUUAAUAUAAUGGAAGGUGUACAGUCAAUUUACUAUGUGAUAAAAAAUAAUGGUUCAGUCCCAGAUGGUUAAGGGUGUUUUUUAAAAUUUGCGUAUUACUUGAUAAAUAUGCAAACAUUGCGCAAAAAGACUAGUCCUCUGAAAUACAAGAAUGAAACAACACGAUUCUUGGGAGAUGGCGUAAGUUUUAAAGCAAAGUUAAUCGGGAUUUUAGAAGUUUCUGAAGCAAGGGGAGAUAGAAUGUGCCAAGAAGCGUUGUCUGAUUUAAAAAUGGCAAUUAGAGCUGCAGGCGAGCAUAAACAGCGUAUUACUAUUAAUAUAGCUAUUGAUGGUUUACGAUUAAGAGAUGAAAAAACAGGGGACUCAUUAUAUCACCAUCCUGUGCAUAAAAUCUCUUUUAUUGCACAGGACAUGACAGAUUCUCGAGCUUUUGGUUAUAUAUUUGGUUCACCUGAUACUGGCCACAGGUUUUUUGGAAUAAAAACGGAUAAAGCUGCUAGUCAAGUUGUUAUUGCAAUGAGAGAUUUAUUUCAAGUUGUGUUUGCCCUUAAGAAAAAAGAAAUUGAAUUAGCUAAACAACAUUUAGAUAAAAAUCGAUUCACCAGUUCUCCCUUGUUUUCUGAUUCGACGGUUACUAGUACAAAGUUGCAGCCUAUAGCACAGGAAAAUUCUAAAAAUUUUACCAGUGAUAAUAAAGCUAUUCCGAGUGCAGAAGCAAAACCGGACGGUACAGCUGUAGCUGAUUUGGUCGAUCUCGAAUUAGAAUUAAAUAGUUUGCAACAAGGCCUUAAUCAAAUGGAAAGAAUGACACCGUCUGAUCCUUAUGGCUCUAAAGAUGACCCUUUUGGUGACAGCUUUAUUAACUACACUAAACCAAUUUUGCCACCUCCUCCAUCGUCGGGACGGGAAAGGUCUAGUCGAACCUCUGAAACCAGUAGUUUAUUUAGUCCAAGGACACCCCGCACUGGUGGCAGUCUAGACACGAGCUCUGAUACUAGUUUAUUUAAUUCUAGAGAUGGAAAAAGUAAGAAAGAUAUUUUUGCUCAUGAGUUAAGCAGCUCACAGCCGGAGUCGACGAGCGAAGACUGGUUUACUCAGUCCGGCGGAAAGAGUAUUUUUGAAGAACCGCCUCUAGUGCCUGAACCUACAAAAGACGAGAAACACGAAAUGACCAAACAAGAGAUUUUAUCACAGUUUGAUGUUUUUACAGAAUUGGAUCCACUUGGAACCGGAAAAAUUAAACCAUAUAUUGACAAAAAACAUUUCUUUCAAGAACUUAAGAACCCGCCAAAGAAAGUACUUAAUGAUUUGGUCUCACAAGCUCAACAACAAGAAACGAAUUUAUUUAACAAGAAAAUUAAUUUAUCAAAAUCAUCACAACAGAACGAUUUUACCACUGAUCCAUUCGGCGAAGAUCCAUUCGUUACGGAAGAUCCUUUUGCUGGAACAGAUUUUAUCAGAAAUGAUCCGUUCGAUACGGAAUUUGCAGGUUUUAAAACAAAAGUUUCAAAGUCAAAUGAUUUCGAAAGUUUCAAGUUUGAUCUCAAUCAACAAAGCGACGGCUUGCAAUUCGGGCAAAAAAAUUUAGCAAAGUCACCCAAAGACACGAUAGAAAAACAUAUGUCAGUUAUUUCCGGUAGUUCUCCCAAAACCGUUCACUUUGAUAAGCAAAAUACGUUCGAUGUUCACUUCGACAAAUUUGAAUCAAAACAAGAAAAUAAAUUAAUGCGCCUUCACGAAAAUAUCAGUUUGGAUAUUUCUUCAGGAUCUGAAAGUGCUCCUGAACCGCCACCAAGACCUGAAUCGACAUUGACACAAAUUAAACCGCCACCGUUGCCCCCGAAAAAAGCCGGAAAUGAUUUUUCUGUGAAGCCGCCUCCUCGACCGCCCAUAGAGGAGUCCCAUUACGACUACAUGGAUGUGUAUCAAACCGCUCCGAGUAGUUUAGAAGUGGUGAAGAAUUUAGAUAAGAGUCCUCCAAUACCAGUACCAGCAAGAAAAACUAAAUUUGAAUCAGAUUAUGGACCAGUACCAGAAAGACCGAAGAAACAAUUUAAUCUACACUCUAGCGAGGAAGAUUACUUGACUCCCAUUUGUUUCGUGGAUCAAAAGGUGGAACCAAAAACUAUAGCAAAAAGUAGUUCUCCUAUUUUAUUGCCACCACCGCAAAAAAGUGGUAAAAAACAAAAUGUAGCCCAAGUUACUAUAGCUUCUUAUCUGGAUUCAAAACCAAAUGUAACAACAAGCAUGGCCGCAGAUAAUUUAUCGUCUUUGGACGGACUAGAUAUUACUUUAAGUCAACUAACGUUAAGUGGGUUAAAUGAAUUAGCUACAAAGCUAAAUAUACCAGCUACUCAAUUAAGUAACAUGACUUUAGUUCAGUUGACUAAUUACUUGUCAAAUUUUGUCAAAUCUCGGGCCAGUCACGAAAUGACAUCAGAUUUAGUAGCUGACAGCACAAUGCCGUCUUUUGAUGCCGACUUUGCUGCAAAUUUUAACAACAUAAAUUGUACGACUGUUACAAGUUCUGAAGCCUAUGAUCGUUACGCCGUUUUUCGAGAACUGAUAAAUGAAGAAAUUAAACAAACUAAAAUCGAUACAGAACCCGAAGAAAUACAGAACGAAAAGGAAAAUAUGCCCAGUUCUCUUGACAGCAACGUUAAUAAUGUAUAUUCAAGCAUCGAUGACACAGUUACAGAUAAAUAUGCCGCUCUUCGCGAAAUUGUUGAAAGCGAAUUGAAACUAACAGAAGCGGAAUAUAAAGACGAUAAUAAGAACGAAAAUGACCAAAAUGAGUUGAAUGAAGAAAUUGUUGAGGAACCAGAUGAAACGACUAUUAUUAACAUUGAAAAUAAGUUGAUUGAUGAGGAAAAAGACAAGCAACCGAUUUCACCCAAGUAUAAUUUAAUUGAAUACAAUACGACUUUAGACACUCAAGAUAUUAAACCAAGUAACGAAGCCGUAAAGUCGCCAAAAUCACCUGUAAAUAAAGCAAUAAAAAGUCCUGUUCCGAUAGCAAUAACUGACAUUAUGCAAAGCAAUGUUAGACUCAAUUCGGGAUCUCUGUCAGAUGUAGUGAGCGGAAGUUCUCCGGAGGUUGACAACACUGGUAGCAACUCAGAAGUCGGGAAAAAGAAUGACGAUGCGGCAGGUGAGAGUUGGGCAAUCUUUGACCAAGGAAUGCCAUUAGAAUCAACCAAAGAAAAGCAGACGGUUCAAAGUGAAGAAGGCGUUUCGCCGUGGUCGAGCGAUUCGAAAGAAUUCGGAAAUGGUUCACCUCUUGAAUGGCAACGAGGCGAUUCCGAAAGUGGUGGUGAUCACUGGACAAGGCGGCGCAUGCGGAGAGAUCAAGAAGGAUGGUGGGACACUUCUGCUGAACCUGAAAUGCAGUAUUAUCCAUCUAAUCGUCGCUCCACCGAUAGUUAUGACGAUGAAAAUUAUGAAUGUUACGAAAGACCAAGGCGUCGGAAACAGACGGGAUACGUACAUGGUGGCCAAGGGGCUGGUGGACAUUCAUCGAGUUCUAGAGAUGUUAGUCCAUGGGAGGAAGAACCGAGACGAGAAACAAGAGCUAGUUGGGCGAAACAUGCAAGACAAGUUUCGCUUGAAAAGUACAGAGAAAGGAGGCAUGCUGACAGUUGGGAUGACGAAGAUGAUUACGAAUAUGAGGAAGAACGAGUUCCACGAUUUCAUCGUUCAGAUCGCCAGAAAUGGGAAAUGGAUCGCGAACGUUAUGAUACAGUACUUAGCAGAGAGCAUAAUGUUGAUAAAUGGGAUGAAGAAUGGGCUGAUGAUAGAAGACAUCGACGAAGACGAGAGGGAGAAAGGGAACGAUGGUGUUGUCCAGACAGGGAUGUAGGUGAACAUGACAAACCCAGUAAUCGAUAUAAUACUGGCCGCUGGCCUCACCCAGAUGGACCCUCCGGCAUGUGGCGUGAUCGUAAACACGAUGAACGUUACUACAGUAGGGAGUCGCAAGAAUCUCCCUGGGAAGACGAAUACUCAAACGAAGCAGAAGAAAUUUCCACUUCGCAUUACUUAACGGCUAAAAGAAACUGGAAGAGACCCAGCAGCGCUUCCGAGAUGGACAGAAAAACUGGUGAAAUCAGGUCAAGACAUUAUUUAGCAACAGGAGGCAGCGAUGGCGAAAGGGACCGAAGAUAUAAACCUGCUAGAAGAUCAAGGAGUCGCGAUUCGCAGUAUUCGGAGACUUCCUACCGCCAUAAAACUGACGCAGGUCCAGCACCUAGAGGCCCACACAGAAACAAACAGUAUUGUAAGACAUUCGAAAACGAUUUUGCUGACGUAGCCCCUAAGAAACAAGUCGACGCGUCGAAAUUAGACUAUAAUAGCAAAAAAUGCGCCACAUUAACAAGCAGAAAAAAAACAAAAGAGAGUCCCAAAGCAGACAUGAAUAUUGUGGGCACGUUCCCGAGGAAAUCCUCUUCCCGGUCUAAAUCCUUAUUUGAAAACGAUUUCGUAUCAACUGAAGAAAGCACCCCAAAUUUACGUUCUGAAACGAGAUUCAAUUUUGAAAAUGAAUUUGAAACAUCAGAGGCAGAAUCGCCAACUGUGGUUAAUAAGUCGGUAAAAGCGUUAAAACAACACAGUUUAUUUGAAAAAACUAAACUAGACACUGAAUUCAACAAAGACAAUUAUCGACCAAGGUCAUUAAAAGAACUUAAGCUUUCACCCAGAUUACAAAAUAAAUCAAAAUCUUUAUUCGAAGAUGAUUUUUCCCCCAGCGGAAAAUCAGAACCACUACCUAAAGACAAUAGCAUAUCAAGCAUCAAAGAAGUUGAUUCUAAAGCAAAAGAAGGAUCUCUUAGCACAAAUAAUUUUGAAAAUGCAACGAACUGUAGAAGAAAGAAACCUAAUAAACAUAGGCUUUCGAAUAAUAUACAGUCAGACAUUAAUAUUAAGAAAUCCGAAUCUGUAAAUAUUUUUGCUCGUGAAAGCGAUCCAUUUGAUGAUGACUUUUUUAGCGAAAAUAUGUCUAGUCAUGAAAAUACACAAUACGCAGAGAAUUCUCCGAAACCCAGCGAUCUUAAAUGGACCGAAGAUUUUGAGGAAUUUCCCGCUGAAGAAAAAUAAUGUAGCAUUUGAUUCGAAGGCGUCUUUUUUAUAAAUCUGUGCUGACGGCCUCAUUCAAAAUGCUUCUUUUAUUGUCUAAUUAUUAAUGUUAUAUUAUUGUUAAGUAAAGUAAUACUAGGAAAAAGGAUGCUAAGUUGUAUGUAUUUAUUUGUAAUUUUACUAAGGAACUCAUGUGAUUCUAGCCAUUCGUAUUUUAAAUAUAAUGAGAAACUUAUUAUUCGUAUUUGAAAAUGCAUUAUUAGUGGAUCUGAUAUUUGUAUAUUUAUAAUUUUUAUUUUCAUUGUACUUUCUACCUCUGUUAAAUAUAUUUAAUUUAUUGUUA